AUGCAAAAAUAUAGCCAAUACUACAAAGUAGUCGCAUUUCUACUGUUGUUUAAUCUCAUUAUAAUGCUUGCCUACAUACAACACCGUAACCGAAUGGAUAAUAGAAAUUACAAACCAAGAAUGUGGGUACCUUCUUUUCGAAAACAUGGUCCAAAGACGUGGUUGCGACCGAAACCAACUUCAAGGAAGGAUCUUUUACUUUAUGAGCGAUUGAGUUACAACUUAUCUUUGCUGGAUACUUGUCCUCUGGCUGUCAUCGACCCGCUGUCUCCGGAGCUAAAAAUGCUUCAUACACCAGGCUAUAAUCCGAAAGAUAACUGUACCAUUUACAAGCCUAUGACAGAAUUGGAAAAUGGAGAAGUGAAAGUGCUAUCAGAAAAAUCUAUUUGCAUGGCGAGGUGCAUAUUGCCAGAAACGACGGAUAGAACUUAUGAUACAGGUCCAUAUAUUAGAGUUCCAACAGAGGAAUUAUUCGAAUGUGAUAUCAUCGAGACAAAAUGCUACGAAGAAGGUCCAGUGGAAUAUUAUAUGCACUUGAAAAUACACGAAACACCAGUGAAGAAAGAAGACGUUAAGCCAUUGCCGAGUGUUUAUAUUUUGCUUCUGGAUUCUGUCUCCACUUUUAUGGUUAAAAGAUCAUUGCCGAGAACCUUGGAUUUUUUAAAAACUAGGAUGGAUGCUGUACAGAUGGAAUUUCUCAACAAAGUAGCGGAUAACAGCCGACCGAAUGGUUUCCCAAUGGCAUUUGGGAAAUCACUUGAGAAGGUCAGCCGGGUCGGUAGGGAUCCAGAACCACCUGAUUGGGAUAAUGAUGAAGUGUGUAACAAGUACAUGGAUGAAUAUCCUUAUUAUUUGGAAGAGUUUAAGAAAAAAGGCUAUAAGACAAUGAUCGCUCAGGACUUAGCCCCAGGAAUAAUCUUCUAUCAAGAAUGCUAUGGUUUUAAACGGCGACAAGCGGACCACAUCUACAGACCGUUCGAUGUGCGUUUGGAUGAGGAAUCUUUGAACGAAACCCUUGCCGGAUUCACCUGUGGAGAAUCUCAUUUGUAUAUGUUAGAAUAUUACGAAAAGUUUAUGAAUGCCUACUCGGGAAUACCUAAAAUAGCUCAAGCAUGGGUAACAAGAUUAGUACAUGACGACAUAAGAAAACUCUAUCAUGCUGAUGAUCAUUUUCUGGAGUUUUUCCAAAGAAAUCAAGAAAAUCUCGAUAACGCUUUCUUGUUUUUCUUAGGAGAUCAUGGUCCGCGAGCUGCUGGGAUCGAGAAAUCCCGUUUGAGCCGAUACGAGAACCGCAAUCCAUUCCUUGUUGUUUCACUUCCCAAAAUGUUACGAAAAACUGCAGUGCAGAAAGAGUUACAGAAGAAAUCCAUGCAACUGAUGACACAUUUUGAUCUUCACGCUACCUUCAUGGAUAUUCUACACUUCCAAUCAAAGUCAAAUUUCAUGGAAACCACCGAAAUGAGUAUGGAACCAUACAGCAAAGGAUCAUCACUGUUGAGGGAAUGGUAUGGAUUGAGGACGUGUAAUAAUUUGCCAAUACCCUGGGAUUACUGCUUGUGUCAAUAUAAGAAAGAAGAUGUUAUAGAUGAAAAUCUGAAAAGAAGACUUGGCACGUUUUUAGCUGAACAAUUAAAUGAAUUUAUAACUGCUACUGGAUUCAGUUCCAAAUGUUACAGUCAACAGUACGAGGAGGCGCUGGAUGUGCAGCGACUAGAAGUCGGAAACAGCAACAUCUACUCGGUGUUUGUGAAACUCGCACCAUCGGAAGGAUAUUUCUCGGCAGAAAUUUUGGAAACUCCAUCAGGUCUUCAACUUGUAUCACAUUUCACCAGAUGGGGUUGGUAUGGAACUCAAGGCGAUUGUGUUCUGGAUCCUCCUCGAUCACUAUGUCAUUGCAACGACAGGUGA